CUGCGCCGCUUCCCCGGGAAUCCCGCCGGCCCGGCUUCCGGUCUCCGCUUCUCCACUGGUGGCCAUGGACCCCUCGAUCUCCUCCGCGUCCUCGCCUCUUAUUCGGCUCUCCGGGAAUCCCGCCGCCAGCCCGGGCGCCAGCCCGCGGCCCGGCCUCGUCGCGGCCGCCCGCCAGCCCGGCUCCUCCUCCUCCUCCUCCACGCGCCUCCGCGCCGUCUCGCCGUCCCCGUCCCCGUCCCCGCCGUCCCCCGUGGAGUCGUUCGGCUUCGGCGCGCUCAAGGAGACCUUCUCCGUGGACGUGGCGGCGGCUGAGGCGCGCCCGCUCGACGUGCCCCUCGCCGCGCCCUUCACCAUCGCGUCCUCGCGCCUCGAGGCCGUCUCCAACGUCGCCGUGCGCGUCGAGCUCCGCAGCGGCGCCGUCGGAUGGGGGGAGGCGCCCGUGCUGCCCUCCGUCACGGCCGAGGACCAGCCGGCCGCGCUCGCCGCCGCGGGCCGGGCCUGCGACGCGCUCGCGGGCGCACCCGCGGCGCCGCUCGGCGCCAUGCUCCAGGAAGUCGCCGGUGUCCUCCCGGGACACGCCUUCGCCUCGGCUAGAGCAGGAGUGGAGAUGGCACUGAUUGACGCGGUUGCUAACAGCAUUCGCAUCCCUCUGUGGAGAUUAUUUGGAGGGGCAUCGGAUACAGUGACCACAGACAUAACGAUUCCAAUCGUGGCCCCAAAUGAAGCUGCUCAAUUGGCUGCAAAAUAUCGAGGGCAAGGGUUUCAAACGCUGAAGCUCAAGGUUGGGAAAAACUUGAACUCGGAUAUAGAAGUUCUGAAGGCUAUACGGCUCGUCCAUCCAGACUGCUCAUUUAUCUUGGAUGCAAAUGAGGGAUACACAGCUGAUCAAGCAAUUGAAGUUCUUGAUAGAUUAAACGAAAUGGGUGUGACCCCUGUACUCUUUGAGCAACCAGUUCACAGAGAUGAUUGGGAGGGUCUCCGUGAUGUUAGUAUUGUUGCCAUGGAGAAACACAAAGUUGCUGUUGCUGCUGAUGAAAGUUGUCGGAAUUUACUUGAUGCUCAGAAAAUAAUACAUGGAAAUCUGGCCCAUGUUAUUAACAUCAAGCUUGCAAAAUUAGGGGUUCUUGGAGCCCUUGAAAUAAUUGAUGCUGCAAGAAAGGCCAAUGUCGCUUUGAUGAUUGGCGGUAUGGUUGAGACUAGAAUCGCCAUGGGCUUUGCUGGCCAUCUGGCUGCUGGGCUUGGUUGUUUUAGUUUUAUUGAUCUGGACACACCUCUUUUACUGUCUGAAGAUCCAGUGUAUGGCGGCUAUGAAGCCUUUGGACCUCUGUACAAGUUUACAAACGCCCGUGGCCAUGGUGGUUUCCUUCACUUGGACAACAAUGGCUCGAAAUGAAGAUGAUAUAGUGGUUUUGUCUGUCCGUCUGGAGCUUCCUCGGGAGCAUUGCUGUGCACUCCACACACGCAUUGUUCAAAUGGACAACCACUGUUGUAACUGGAAACAAACGAGCAAUAGGAAGCAUGUAGCCUCCAGUUCAUUCAGGGUUAUAAACCUAUAACAUUUGAUCAGGGUGUAGAUAGUAUGUAUACUCAUAAGGCUGUAUCAGCUGGCAUUGUUGUUUUAUCCAAAUAUCUCAGUAACCGCUGUACAAUAAAAAAAUAUUCCUGGUUGUAAAUGUCAAUACAUGCAGCCCUGUCAAGCUUUUGGUGCUC